UUAAUGCAGUGCGCGCGCGUGUGAUGUGCGGGACGAACAGGAACUCAUCCAUGCCCCUCAUCAGCCCAGUCUUGACCUUCUAGAUUUCGAACAGUGAGGCACAAGCACUUUAUUUCUGAGCCACAUUAACCCACACAGCUGGUGUCUUCAUCACCUCAGUGGACUCAUGGGUACCAUACUGUCCCUCUCCCCGGGUCCUCGAAAACCCGGUUAUUAUGACAACCGGCCUGGUUCUCUAAGCCAUUACCCGAGCCUGAGCAGCCGCUCGCUGAACACUCAAAAAGACACUAACCACAAACGUGGCCACUCCAUCUUCCUCCCCGCUCUCACCUGGAAACGCCUGGUGGCCUCCACCAAGAAGCGGGACGAGUCCAAAAAAGCCUAUCCUGGAGGUCAAGGGGCCGGCGGGGCUCCUCUCAACAACAAUAACAUCUACCAGAAGGAUCCAGUCUUGCACCUCAACCGUGAAAAUGUGAAGAAGUCUCUCUCCUGCGCCAACCUCACUAGCUAUGAUGGUCCAGCGGGUCUGGGCCUGGGCGUAGGGCUGGGUGUGGGAUACGGCAAACCACAGCAGAUUUCCUCCGUAAAGAAGAUCGCACCUACAUGCACCUCCUCACCUAAGCGUGUGAUUGUCCAGGCCUCGACCAGCGAGCUGCUCCGCUGCCUGGGUGAGUUUCUGUGUGGCCGCUGCUAUCGGCUCAAGCAUCUUUCCCCUGCCGAUCCGGUCCUGUGGCUCCGCGCUGUGGACCGCUCACUCUUGCUCCAGGGCUGGCAGGACCAGGCCUUCGUGACGCCAGCCAACGUGGUGUUUGUGUACAUGCUGUGCCGCGAUGUGGUGGAUGGCGACGUGGUGUCUUCAGAGCAUGAGCUCCAAGCAAUUCUCCUUACCUGCCUGUACCUGUCGUACUCCUACAUGGGGAACGAGAUCUCGUACCCGCUCAAGCCCUUCCUGGUGGAGGCGGCUAAAGAGGCAUUCUGGGACCGUUGCCUGGCCAUUAUCGACAUCACCAGUGCCAAGAUGCUGCGCAUCAACGCAGACCCGCAUUUCUUCACGCAGGUCUUCGCUGAUCUGAAGAGCGAAGGAGGCUGCGCUUUGCAGGACUACGCUAGAGUUCUGGAUCAGUGAAAAGAGGACGAGGCGGAUUGUCUCUGUAAAUGUGACACCGUCAACAUCUAGCACCUUCAUUCCAUCAUUCUGGCCCCCCACAUGCCUUGUCACCUAACAUUAUGAGUCUUGUUUCUACUGGCCAUUCUUCAAGAAACAGAAGAAACAUAUUCCUGGUGAAAAGACCUGCAUAGACCUGUGAGAAUAUCCAGGUGUAUGUUGGUUUGGUGCUGGUCUAACUGUUGAACUACACAGUCUUUUUGGUGGUUAGUUAAGAAUCAUGCUGAUGAGCAUCUGUGAUGCUCUUUUCAGCAGGAGAAGAAAGUAUAGUGAGCUUUUGGAUACAGAAAAAUAAAAUACGAUCCUAAAAUGUUCUUUAUUGGUAUUGAUGAUCCCAUGAAUAACCUUUAACUUCCAUGGAAUCUUUCCAUUCCACAAAACGUUCUUUAUUGUAAAGUAAACUUCUUUAGAUUUUUAAAAUGUUCUUCAUACUACAGAAUAUUGUUUGUUUAAGGAACUGUUUGCUGAAAGGUUCUUUGAGCAACCAAAAUGUUUUUUUCUGCAAAAACUCCCUUCUGGCUAAAGGUCCUUCAGAUUUAAAAAAGUUUUCUUCAUACUAAGAAAAAAGGUUUUUAAUUUUAAGCUGUUCACUAAAAGGUUUUUUGUUGAACUCAUGGUUGAACCCAAAAUUAUUCUUCUAUAGUGUCACUACAAAAACCCUCUUUUUGGAAGUAUUUUGUUUUUUCAAAGUGGGCAUUUCCAACUUUUUUCUUUCUCAUUCAAUUCUCCUAUCUUAAAAAAUUUAUAUAUUCAUAAUUUAGGGAUGAACAUCAAAAGGAAGGGAGAACUUGUCCAUCUGCAUAGAAGUUUAGUAUUUACCCCGUUGUCAACCCACUGUUUUUCAAAAGUAGUUAUGAUUCCUUUACUAAAUAUUUCAGUUCCUCUACCUUUUUGACAUCUAGUGGGAGAGAAACUGCAACAGAAACCAUCCAACAAAGAGCGUUUUAGUGGGAGUGCAUGUGUGUGAUGGGCAACAAACAGUGAGCAUCAACAGCUGUUGGUUAUCAUGUUGUCCUUCCUUUAUUUCAUGUGUUGGACGUUGGGGCACCAGCUGCAAUGGCAUUAACAAGAUUAACAGAUUAGUGUCACACACACACACACAUACACAAGUGUUCUCAAUGCUUCUGCUUGCUAUCCAGCUCUAUAGGUUGAAUGGCUAAUACAUGUAGG